CUUCUCUCUCAGCAUGCACCAUUAACCUUAAGAAGCAUUUGACUUGAAAAUCUAAAACUUAGAGCUAACCUGACUUGCUAAUUUGAUUGACCGUAUUCGGUUAUGCUGAUCUAUUUAUGAAGGAUAACUUUUGAUAUACCCCCCCGGUGUUAUGCUUCGUUCUCUGUUUGCGACAUCCUUAGCUUUUGAUAUAUAUAAUAUGUACCAAUAUGACGUCUAGUGCUUCUUUUCUGGAUAAGCCACUGCUCAAAGUCAGCCGGCCAGUGGCCGCAUGUUCAAGAUGUCGGACGGCCAAAAUUAAAUGCGAUGGGAAGCUGCCUGCCUGCUCCGCAUGUGAGCGAGUAGGAAAGGCGAGUACUUGUUCCGGCGCGAGUGAUGAGUUCGCUAGAGGAAAAGAGAGGAGCUAUGUUGCUUCUUUGGAAGGCUACUGCGAAAGACUCGAAAGGAAAAUCGCUGACCUUCGUCGCCAUAAAGAGUCAUUAUCCGUUGAUGGAACCGGCUUCGUCCGGGAGAGCUCAAUAACAUCGAUGUCGUCUGCAGGCACCGUUGGGCAGGCUCACCGAAAAGAGAUAUCUGACAUCGACGACCUAGUUGGAGAUUUUGGCUUUCUAUCUGUGAACGCCACCUCCAGAGACUUUCAUGGAAUUCAAUCUGAUACUUCGUUUGCAAAUCUACUCCUAUCACUUUCUCUCGCUGAGCCUAUCCCGAAGAUACAUUCACAGUCACUGCCGGCACGCCAUGAGAUUACACCACUUCUGCAACAUUACUUUGAUAGUUUGUUCACUCAAAUGCCUUUCUUCAGCGAGACAACUUUCUGGACUUCUGUGGAUACUGUUUAUCAGGCUGGAGGUCGUUUUGCCAAGCCGAUUGACCAUUGGUUUCUUCGUUUGGUGCUAGCAAUCGCUUCUGCAUCUAUAUCUCACCAGAGCGGGGAUAGUAGUCAUCAGAGAGCUUUAUCUUUGAUUUCGGGGGCUUUGCCGUUCGCCGAGGAUGUUCUUCGCCCUGGAUCUAUUGUGGGCAUUCAGGCCAUACUACUGCUUGCCCAGUAUUCCCUCCUUGAUCCUAAACAUUUUCGCGUGUGGUAUCUCGUAGGAAUGGCCGCCAGGGCCUCGGUGGAUUUAGGUUUACACCAGGACCCCCCUUCGGAGGUUCUGCCGGCCGAUGAACAAUUGGAUAUGCGUCGGCGCGUGUUCCACUGCGUUUACUGCAUGGACAGGAGUGUGAGCACUGCUUUAGAGAGAACUUUCUCAUUAUCGGAUGACUCUAUGAAUGUCGCCCUGCCACCCACAUCUGGGUCUGCGAUGACAGGAAAGAGUCAUAUCUUCUUACACAGUUCGAAGCCUGCGUGGAAAAUAGUCGAAAUUAGGGAGAUCUUAUCCUCGGCUUAUCAGACAAAAUAUUUCAAUAUAGAUGGCUUGUCUUUAGAGUCGACAUGGGUACUAUGCUCAAGAGCUCGGGAAUGGUUCGAUAAUGCACCUACGAAUGUGCCGAACUAUUUCCCAAUACUCUACAGGUCAGAGCUGCUAUAUACCACAAUCAUCAUACUUUCACCCACGCAGGAUUACUCCAGAUUAUGUGAUUACGGAAAAGUAUUACUUUUCGAUCGUUGCAUACAGUACGCCGCCGAACUUCAUCACAUUCUGGAGACACAACACUGGUUGCCUUUAAUGACCUCUCUCGAUAUCCGACGAAUAUAUCAGGUUAGCCGGCGACUUGUGGACAUCCUACAGCAAAAUUUCGAACUCGUCCUGAGCCCCUCAGUGCCCGUUCUUCCCUCUGUAUUCCACGACAUUACAAAACCGCCCAUGUUGGAGGCCUGUAAUACUGUCAACUGCCAUAGUCGUGCCAUUGAAUGCCUAGAUCACAUCCAGAAGUUGCUACAAUUUGGCGCGGUGAAGUGGGAACUCAACAACCUUCCCGAAGGUUUUCAACAGGACUCAGCAUCUGUUUGGAAACAACUGAUGGAUACACCCGUUGCUUACCUCCCGGGACCUGGUGCCUACAUGGCUGGCCCAUGUGCGAUUCUACCUGGUGCGGGGACUGUGUAUUCUGACCUGACUCUAGGGCAUUAUAACCCUAAUGCCCCGUGAAGGACCGCCCAAAAAGUUUCCUUUUCCUAUUCUUUCUCUUUGUUGGUUGCUCAAUAUUGCUCCCUAGUUUUGGUGGCAAGGUCACACAAUCAUGAUUUCCUCCCUUCGAGCUGUCGUGUGGAGCUCUUCGCCUACCGUGAAAGCCCUAAGUCCCUGACAAUCUCACUGUUUGGGCCCGACUUUUAAGCCUUGAUUGACAUGUUGAUCCUUAUCCUCUUCUUUCAUCCUUGUCCAUUUUUACAAAGCAACUUAGUCACUGUAUGGUGCGGAAUGAGUGCGAUGCAGCAGGUGAAAUUCAGCAGAUCCUCGUGAGUGAACUAUCACAUGCGUUUCAGGGGCUUCUGUAGGGAAUUUAAGAAUCAGGGAGUCAGCUGUUACAGU